AUGGUGAGCGGCGAUCGAAAGCUCCGCGCGGCAUGCGACCGCUGCCACGAACUCAAGAAUCGGUGCACUCGCACUGGUGGGCCUGAGAGUCGGUGCGACCGGUGUGAGAGACUCGAUAUUGACUGCGUGUACAAUACCACUGCGCGCAUGGGCCGUCCCCGAGUGUCUGAGAAACAGAAGGGAGUCUCGUCCGACAGUCAUAGUCAUGCGAGACACUCUAAACGACAGGCCGUCCAGCCCGGGAAGCAGCGUGGUGCUACUGCAGUGCCGCUUCCUGUUGAUCCUAUUGAUCCAGUUUGUGCAGACGCAGCUGCAGCUGCACACAAUAGAUCUGGCUGUGCCGGUCCUAGAAGUGGCCCUGAUAGUGGUCCUGGUCCGGGUGGUCACGGCAAUCUCGAACCAGUGUCCGGGUUUCCUCUUCUCCUCCCCGAAGUGAUACCCGGCGAAAAUCUGAACUGGGACCUAGGCAUGUAUUCCCCGGACUUUGCGCACCCGGCUCAUGACGAUCCAACGGGCGAACACAGACACGGACAUGCACACCAAGAAUAUCAUCGAGUGGAGAGCCCGCAAUAUCAAUCCAAGGCGGUUUUCGAUUUCUCUGACUCCGGCCUGGGGACGUCAGAACAAGGGACAGCCUCUACUGCUAGGAUCACCGGUGCAGACGAGCUCCUACAGCUGCAGUCUCACCUGAGCAAUCUGUUAACAUGCGCGAGUGAAUCACCCACAGGGCACCAGCCGGCUCUUGACAAAGUCCUGAUGGCCUGCAAAGAACUGCUAGAGCUGCUCCCCGUCCCAGACUAUCGCCCUGGUUCAGACUACAGUACUGCAAGUAAUAGUGGGACUGAGACCGAAGUCUCAUUUGCCCCAGCCAGCGUCAAUGCUGGACAUCCUGAUUGCUGCCACGGCCUUGGUGAGCCGACUCAAAUAGGAGGGCCGUUCGACCCACCAAGGAUAAACUACAUCACCGUAUUACAAGUCGCGACAUCGUACGCAUACGCCCUGCAGCUGCUGGACAUUGCCGUGGAUAAUCUCAAGACCCGCGCUGGGAAUCUGGCGCCCCUUAGCCUGGGUACUUUCAACCUUGCAUCCCAGCCAGCCAUGAGUACCUCUGUGGGUGCUUACAUGAUUUCUAGCAUGGUUCAUCAGCUGCGUGAUGCUAUUAAUCUGUUGAUGCCUGAAUAUCAGCAUCAGAAGGGCUCCCCACCUCCGCAUGUAUCAUCACCACGAAGUGGCUUGGGGGCAGUGGCUGCGGCUGCGAACAAUUCGAUACAAGCUGCGGUGAAUAUGGUUUCUGAGAAGGAAGCAUCUUUACUUGAGAAAUCGGCACAGGUUAUGAUCAAUCCGUAG